UCCAUGGUUCAUCCACAGCGCACUUCUUUUUUUUAUCAUCGUGCACUUGAAACAAGACUAAACAACUCUCGUGUGGAAGAAAAACUGACGCAUCGAACAAAACAACCACCGUCCACUUAGAGAAUAAUGGCACCCCAAAGACAAUCUUCCCCGAAAGGAAGUUCCCAGCAGUGGAAACAAACCUCAAGAAUACCAGCACUGGACGAGCAUAUACAACGGUGGCCUUCAUCCUCUGGUCCUCAUCUACUGGACUUUCUAUCACUACGGACGCGUACAAACAACCUUGACAUUUCAAAUCACUAUAUGGUAGCCCAGAUGACCCAAUCCACCCCCUUGCCUCCUCACCACACAGUUCAGAUUCUUCCGAAGCAACAUAUCACAUAGGAAACACUAGCAUGCAUAUGGGUCGAUUACCCGGGCCCGAGCCCGCAUGCAUUCCCUAUCCAGGCUACGCCACCUACCAUCCGUACGGUGUGCCGCCUCAUUGGAUGCGUGGUCCUGCGCCCCCAUACACGCCUGUCGUACCUUCAACUGAUGCGGGUGCUGGAGUUGCGCACCACACGUUCCAAGUGGGACAAAAUGGUCAUUACCCUACAGUGGGCGAUGUCUCGCGCGCCACUCAGAUUGGCCAAUACCUACCGCCCAAUGCUGCUGCUCCCCCACCAGCGCACACCCUAUAUCAUCAACCCUUCCCAUCUAUUCCGGGAGGUGCGAACCCUUACGCGUACGCUCCACCCAUCCCACACCAAGGAAUUUUCAACCAGCACCACGGGCCUGAGCUCUCAAUGGGCUCUGCUUCCUCAUCUCUGCCUCAAGCACCAGGUCGUGUCGUGAAAGUCCGCAAACGCCGCAAGGUCAAACAAACAAAAACAAGCUUUAGCAAGAUAUACAACGACGCGUUGUUUGUGAGUUUUUUAUAUCUCAUUGAGGUCGCACUCUCAAAUCUUGGGACAGAAACCCGUGCUUGAUGAAUACGG